GGUAUACCGACAAUAAGAGCACAAGAUGAUGUAUAUAGAGGUAUAGGAGUUCUAGCUUCGACACAAACAUGGUAUACUUGUAGCAAACAAUUAACAAACUAUAUAAGUUAUGAGAUGAAAGUGGUGGAAACUGAUCAAGAGAAAUCAUCAAAUUUUGGAACGUACGCACAAGGACCUACCCCUCCGCCAAUACAGCAAGGCAUAUUGGGUUUAUUGACAUAUGUAACCAAUUAUACGGGUAUACAAAAAUCUAUAGAUCCAAAUGGGAUAACAUCAAUAUAUUGGCCAGAAUUAUCAUGUUUCGAAUUUCCUGCAUUGGAAUGUAAAAGAGAGAAAAUUCCUCCUUUUGCCAGUAGCCUAAUAGUAUGUAUAGGUAUAACGAAUCCACAAAAUGCUGAAAAAAAAUUUACUUUAUCGAUUUCCUUUGUUGAAGGAAAACCAUCACCACCACUUUACAUACCACCAACUCCUCCUAUUCCUUCUCCCAGUCCUGGUUCCACUAAAAGCAAACCACCUCCACCAAAUGAUAUACCAACAAGUCCUCCUUUCUUUUACGCCACUAAUAAUGGAUUAUCAAUUAUUUUAUCAAACAUUAAUGAUAUUGAUAUCCCCUGGUGUAAUCAUUUACAUUUUCCUCAAUAA